CAAUAGAAUGCUGUGUUUGGACUCACCGACAUCACCGCCGAAGAAGACGGAAAAAACGAACUGUGUGAACGGAGCUGUAGACGUACACGACGACGACGACGGCAAAUACGAACGACGAGCACAAACGUGGGGUUCCCCACGUUGAACUUGGAGUGUGUGGGUGUCAGGCGUUCAGUCAGUCAUGAUGCGUAUACGGUUAACCGAGUCCAGUUCAGCUGUUGGCAUGGCGAUUGGUUGGGUUCUUUGGAUUUUUCUUUUCGACUGGUAAGAUUUUCGGAGUCUGACCAGCAGUCUUGCGAGUUUAAGAAUUCACAACGAUUGGUUGAUGAAAUUGCGUUGUUCUACGCAUGAGUUAGGGCUCAGGGAGAAGCGAACAGAAAGAUACCUUGUGCUUUCUCGUAUUUAACAUGGAUGCCCAAAUGUAACUGGUUUGCAAUUUUUUUUCUUCCCACCAACGACACUUGCCGGUUCACAUGCAAAUCGCGCAGCAUGCGUCUACAUUUGCCAUUCACCAGAAAGAGGGUGAAGCAGAGGCUUCAAGAGAUUUUAAGGCAGCGUGAAGAUGAAGCACGCAUUCAGGAAACACCUUGAGAAGAGUAUAUUGCACAAGAGCCAAAACCUCAAACAGAAACCAUCCAAUAAAGUACCUGCGAAUGUGGAAGACGUGCAGACGUUCAAAGAGCAACGAGAGAUGAACAAGUUCCGCAACAUGCUCAUCACCGAUAAUUUGUUGCCUCAGCAUCUCGAUAACUACUACACACUCCUCAGGUUUCUCAAAUCCAGAAGGCAUGACGUAAAUAGAGCGAAACGAAUGUGGGAAGGGAUGCUUCAAUGGCGGCAUGAAUUCAAAGUGGAUACCAUAAAAACGGACUUCCAGUUCACCGAAUUGGAUUCAGUUCGAAAAUACUAUCCUCAAGGACACCAUGGUGUUGACAAAGAAGGAAGACCUGUUUAUAUUGAGCAGAUAGGCAAAGUAGAUGCACAGAAACUCAUGGAAUGUACUACCCUGGAGCGAUACUUGAAGUUUCACGUUCUUGAGUUUGAAAGGACAAUCAACCUCAAGUUUCCAGCAUGUUCACUGGCAAUCGAAAGUCACGUCCACUCUUCCACAACCAUAUUAGAUGUUGAUGGGGUGGGAAUGAAAAAUUUUAAUAAACAGGCAAGAGACUUGUUGAUCGCUAUUCAGAAGAUUGACUCCGCAAACUAUCCUGAGACUCUGUAUCGUAUGUUCAUCGUAAAUGCAAGUCCAGGAUUUAAGCUCGUGUGGAAUACAAUCAGAGGUUUGCUGGAUAACAAGACAGCUGCCAAAAUCAAUGUUCUUGGGACCAAUUACCAGUCAAAGCUGCUGGAGAUUAUUGACGCGAAUCAACUUCCAACAUUUUUUGGGGGAACUUGUACAUGUGCUGAGGAAGGUGGGUGCUUGAUGUCAGACAAGGGCCCUUGGAAUGACCCAAAGAUUGUUCAGGUAAUCGAAGACGAAAAGUGGAAGAUCGCAACACGAGUUCCAUCCAUUGUCGAUGACAUGGAUAAAGAAGCAGCCACCGCAUUGGGUCGUUCCUCUGAAGCUGGUUUCAGUGGGUCCAAUCCGUCAACUCCUAGCUCUGCUCAUGAUCUCGGGGAUCUCUCCGACAAAGAAUCAGACCGUAGCUCAUCAAUCAGUGAUUCCUCUCUAGACAAUUCAACUGAUGGCGUUGCAGGGGGCUUCGUUUGGUAUAUACAUAGGGGAGUAAAAUUCACCUUCGGCAUGAUUUCUUUUCCGUUUCAACUUCUUAUGCAAAUAAUGUCUGUUCUAGCUAGAAUGGUAUUUCGAACGCCGACGAAUACUGACAUUCACGAGCUUCUUCAAAGAAGAUUAACUCAGUUAGAAGCUGAAGUUGAAAAACUGAAACCAGUAGGCGAGACAAUACCAAAGCAUAAAGAGGCGGCGCAAUUAGUAGCGGUUGAUUCGUCCCACAAAAUCACUUCCCUUGAGACCGAAUUGGCUAACACCAAAAAGACAUUGAGAUCUGUUUUGUCGAAACAAGAAGAGCUGUAUGACCUAUUGGAGCGCAUACAGGAUUUGAAGUGCGUGCAGAGAUGUUGGUAAGAUGUGCAUUACGUGUGGUGACCAGAUCAACAUUUUGAAGAAUAAUUCUUACAUCAGCUUCCAGAUUUUGAGUCUUUAAAGGUGAAAGGCAAUAUGUUUGCUAAGAGCUUAGUUUUGGUGAUAAGUGGUUAGCAUAGCACUCAUAUUGCGAUACGCUGCUGAUCUCUUCGUAUAAACAAGUUUAAAUUUUAGGGUCUAUAGUUUACUAUUUUCUUCUUCAUCUUAUUUUUAUUGAAUUGACUUUUCAAUUGAACUUUACCAGGCUUAAACUACUAAAAGUGUGCACCCGAGUCCCUCUUGGACCCUUGGAAGCUGGAAAACUUUCUAAAACUGUAUGGCUAGUUAUAACAACAGUGGCAGCGGAUCAUGUCAACCUUGAAUCUGGAGUCUAGUUAGAAUAGUGCUGUUUCACAUCAUAGAUUCCAAAAUUGAUUGCUGAGGCUAGUUGCAUUAUGGGGUUCAAAAGAACGGAAAGAAAAGGUACCAUUGUGUUAUAUAUUUGUUUGAAGCUGGUAAAAUUGUGCCAGUUAAGUAUGCAGCCAAUCGGAACAAUUGUCACUCA